UGGGGAGUGGAGCCACCAUCAGGGCAAGACUCACUCCCAGUGACUAUAGAGGAGUCAGUGCUGUCCCCUGCCAAGAUGAAGCUGCUGUUGCUGUGUCUGGGGCUGAUUCUUGUCUGUGCCCAAGAGGAGGAAAACAGCGAUGUUGUGACAAACAACUUCGAUAUUUCAGAGAUUUCGGGAGAGUGGUAUAGCAUUCUCUUGGCUUCAGACAUCAAGGAAAAGAUAGAAGAAAAUGGUAGCAUGAGGGUUUUUGUGGAAUACAUCCAUGUCUUGGACAACUCUUCUCUGUACUUCAAAUAUCAUACAAAGGUAAAUGGACAGUGUACUCAAUUUUCUGUGGUUGCUGACAAAAUCGGAGAGAAUCAUAUAUAUAAUGUUACCUAUGAUGGAUACAACGUAUUUCACAUAAGAAAAGUGGUCAAUACUGACUCUAUUAUUAUUUAUCUCGUGAAUUUCAACAAUGACGAACCAUUCCAACUGUUGGAGCUCUAUGCCCGAAAACCAGAUGCGAGUCCAGAAGUCAAGGAAAAGUUGAAGGGAAUUUCCCAAAAACAUGGAAUUGUUGCAGAAAACAUAAUUGACCUGACCAAAGCCAAUCGCUGUCUCCAGGACCGAGAGAACGGAGAGGACGAGGCCCCCAGGUCGGUCAUCUCUGGCAGAGAGGGGGAGGCCCAGGGGUCAGGGCCUUCCAAAAGCACUGAGGGGUUUACGUCUAAAGAUUACAAUAAAAAUAACUUGUUAAGGAAGCUUGUGGAGAGAGCUUGA